CCAGUCAUGUGACGUCCCUUAUCAGCCGGGUCACAUGAUCUCACCCCCCAAGUCAGGCGCUCGACGGUCAGAGCGCAUUCAGGAAGGAGCCGGACUAGCACAAAAAGGGAUGGACCGAGCGCUGCUGCCGCUGCUGCUGCUGGGAGUGCUGAGGGUCCAGGGGGCUCCGGACGCGGACGAGAUCAAGUACCUCCCGGGCCUGGAGAAGCAGCCCGGCUUCAGGCAGUACUCUGGCUACCUGAACGUGUCCGGCAGUAAGCACCUGCACUACUGGUUUCUGGAGUCCCAGAAGGACCCGGCUGGCAGCCCCGUGGUUCUGUGGCUGAACGGGGGACCGGGGUGCAGCUCCCUGGAUGGGCUGCUCACCGAGCACGGGCCGUUCCUGAUCCAAGACGACGGCGCCUCUCUGAAGUACAACCCCUACUCCUGGAACACGAUAGCCAACAUGCUGUACCUGGAGUCUCCAGCAGGGGUGGGCUUCUCCUACUCGGAUGACAAGGACUACGUCACCAACGACACGGAGGUGAGUCAGCGGGGGGGACGGAGCCCCGGUCCUGGCGCCGCCGUUUCCCAGCGCCGUGGGGUUUUGCACACGUCCUUCUGCGGACACAGACCGGACACCGAGAGCUUGACCGCUCGGGUGUUUUUUUGCUGGAGCCCGUCUGCAAACAUGCCGAGGUUCGAGAGGGGAGAUGCGUCGGCUCUCCAGCCCCACAGGCACCGUGGAGUGGGAAGAAGAAGCUGGGAGGUGUGUGGGCUGUUGUGGGCAGAGUUGCAGAACUACUGCUGUUCAAAAGGGACCUGCAACUUUUACGACAACCAGGAUGAGAACUGCACGUUGAGGGUGGCUGAGGUGCAGGUUCUUGUCUACAGGUCAGGGCUCAAUAUAUACAACCUGUAUGCGCCCUGUGCAGGAGGGGUGCCCCAGAAAGUCAGCUACCAGAAAGAUCACCUGGUCAUCCACGACCUGGGGAACCACUUCACUCGCCACCCCUGGACUGCCAUGUGGAGUGAGAAACUCCGGAGUCUGGCCUCUAUACACAGGUCCGUGAGGCUGGACCCCCCCUGCACCAACUCCCUUUCGUCCAUGCAGAAGUACCGUGUGCUGGUGUACAACGGAGACGUGGACAUGGCCUGCAACUUCCUGGGGGACGAGUGGUUCGUGGAGUCGCUCCAGCAAGAAGUGCAGGUGAAUCGCAGGACCUGGCUGUACAACAAUGGGGACAGCCAGCAGGUGGGCGGAUUCGUCAAGGAGUUCUCUAACCUUGCCUUCGUCACGGUCAAGGGUUCGGGACACAUGGUGCCCACUGACAAGCCGAUGGCUGCCUUGACGAUGUUCACUCGUUUCUUGAAGAAGCAGCCCUAUUGAGGAGGGAGGCGAUAGAUCUGCCCCCCCCCCUCCUCGCCUCUGACAUGAGGGGGGCGGGGCAGGUCUGCUCGUCGCUUCUCCCCAAGAGAGGAGUCACAUCCCGUUCAGAUUCUUACCUUUCUGUGCGAUCUGAUCUUAAACUGUCAUGUUCAAACCGUGCACUGGGUUGGUGACUGCGUGCAACGUCAGUAACUGAGAUGUGUUGAUUUAUAUGCACAGACGUGUUCCAGGAAUAUAGUUUGCACAAGCUCUUUGCAAGUACCAUUGGGCUACAUUAACAAAGCUUUCGUGCCUUUUGACGUCGUGCGCUUGAGUGUAGCUCGUCUCUGUCUUGGAUUAAACACUUAAACGUUUUCCCUUCUAUCCAAAGCCUGAUUGCCUUGUCCAAAGCCUCUCUAAACGAUACUGCUGUAGUGGACAUGUGUGAACUGCUGUCGGUCAAUCUGAAAGCUACUGAAGGCAUCUGCAUGUCCUGCAGGUGUGAUUAUAUCCUAUUCGCAGCACAUGGUACAGCCUAAAGCCAUCGAGCAGCAAGUCCUGAGCACAGCAUCGCUUGCCCAAGUUUACUGCAGAGCCCGAAAUGAAUAUCUAAUCGGUACUUUGUUACUCUUGUCUGCAUUUGUCAUUAGUUUAUUUUUUAUAGAUUUUAUAUUUUGAACAGUGCAUUCUCUGAAAGCAUUGUAGAGUCGAAUCAAAGGAUAAACAAAUCCUGUCAGCCACUUCUGCGUUUUAUUUUAAUGAAAUCGUGGAAUUCCGUCAGCAGCUAUAAAUGUCUUUGUAAGAAGUCAAAUGUUUGAGCCACGGUUGUUGAGAAUAACGCCUCACUGAGCACUGAGCUGGAAUGUCACAGCCUGUGAGCCAUCAAUAAUGUCUUAUGUUGAACUACAUAUCGGACACGGUGAGACUGUUCUCACAGCAGAAUGUACUGAAAGGGAAAUCAAGCCUUCGUGCGAGCUUCCUUGGCGGUUGCUUAAGUUUAUAAUUCGUUAAUUUUUUUAAAUAAAGUUUUUUUUUUUUCCUCUUUUUCUCCCGUCA